AUGUACUUUGAUGACAUUUCCGCCCGGUUAAGACCUUUGGAAGACUUCAAAGUAGGCAACCCUAACAUAUACCAGCCGAGCAUAUAUACCCAACUCUCAACCUUCUCUGAAUCAUCAUUUUUUGCAUUAGAUAAACUUCAUUUAAUUGCAAGAGGGAUUAGAAAGCUUGUGUACGACCUGAUUACCGUCACCCUCACAAAGGAAACCAAAUUUUAUUAUACCCAUCUAGACAAUACCCUCAAUACCACCAAAUACCCUUUUCAUAUACCAAGAGCAGACCUUGUAACAAUUGGAAACUGUAUUACCAGCUCACGAAAAUAUAUACCCACCUUAUUUCAAGGCAGUUUUGACAACAUAUUUGCCAAGAUUGAUGAUACUCGUGCAGUGGACUGGCUUGACUUUCUCUUAUAUCUUGUCCCCACUUUGGUUGUGCCUUAUUUACCAAAUAGGGCUGUCAAAACAGCUCUAUUAUCUCUCGUGAAAGGUUGCGCACUUGCCUUGCAAUGGACGUUGACAUCAGAAUUGCUUGAUGAGAUGGAGUCAUACUUCAAGCACUGGCACUCGUUUUUAUACCAACAACAGCAAGGCCCCCUGCGAUGCUACUCCACUCGCUCAAUGGAGAGAGUAAUUGGUGUCUUCUCAAAAUUGAUAAAGUCCAAAUCAAAGGGUGGCCGAAAUGCCAGUUUUCUCGUUGAGCAAUUUGCAAUUCACAAUUAUACCAGCAUGGCAAUCAGCAUCUGUGAUGAAAUCAACCUCAUUUGGCCAAAGCCAUAUGGAAGAGAGAGCUACAUGGACCUUCCUAAUGAUCCUAGUGGUGCGCAGUUGUGGGAGCCGUUUCAUCAGUUUGUUAAUUUGAAUGAUGAUUUGGUGGAAGGUGUAGGCGGCCCUAGUGUGAAGGAAGCUUUAUUGAAAUACUACUGGAGAACAACAGGCUUGACUGGCCACGAGUUUGGUGACUCUGUUGUUGUUGUAGCUGCACGUCUGUGGAUGGACUUGACUGUAUAUUCCUCAUGCAUCAAAUGUAAUAUAAUUGUUCACAGCUGGCUCGUCAGUACAGUACAGUUCUACUUUCAGCAUGUAGAUUUCUAUGGCUUCCCACACUUUUUUGCUUUUGUGGAGGUCAUGAAGGAAUAUGACGCGGCUGGCCAUGACUCAUCAGUACCUAUUGUCAAACAAAAGUCACAAAGCACCCAUACACUAGGCCACCAAACGCAACCGACUUAUGCAGUUAUAAGUAUAAAUGACAUUUGUCAUCAAGCUGGUCUGGUCCAAUACCCACCGAAUAGAAACCAGUUUUAUGUAAUCGUGCCCUAUUAUAUCUUUAACAACAACAUGCACAUUACUAAAGGCAAUCUUUCCAUUCUGUAA